AUGUCUUCUUCGUCGGACAGCGAACCUGAAGAGAAGCAUGAGAUUUGCAGACUGGGCGACUGCGAGGUUUGUGGUGCGCGGAAAGCUCAAUACACAUGCCCAAAAUGUGAAGUAAAAACAUGUUGUUUAACCUGUGUGAGAAUUCACAAGAAAGAACUGGAGUGCGAUGGGAUAAGAGAUCGCACAAAGUUUAUAAGGGUUAAAGAUUUCACGGACACCGAUUUGCUAAGCGAUUACAGACUGCUUGAAGAAUGUGCUCGAUUUGUGUACGGAGUCAAAAGAGAUGAGAAGAAGAAAUAUACAAGGAUUGAUAAGGAUUUACCGAUCCAUCUAUAUAAACUAAAAAUGGCAGCAAGACAAAGAGGUAUAGUUUUACAGUUUCUAGCUCAAAACUUUACAAGACAUAAAACAAACACCACUCGGUAUAAUUAUAAAACGAAUGUAAUAAAUUGGCGAGUGGAGUGGCUGUUUCCAAACGCCGACUCAGGUCUGCUGAAGUUUGUUGAUGAAAAAUGUUCAGAACAGAAGAGACUAUCAGAGCUGUUAGACAAAUAUUUAAACCCUGAUGCUAUUCCAUUUGAAGGAUCAAAAGCUUUGACUUAUUAUAAAUCUGUUGGAUUUAGUGGAGUCAAAAUCUUAUUAAGAGCUGAGAAAGUCAAAGGUUCUGCAAGAAAGUUUUUUGAGUUGGACCCAAAAGAAUCUUUAGCUGAGAAUUUAUCAGGGAAGUGCAUUGUUGAGUUCCCAAUAAUAUUCAUUGUGCUGAAAGACCAUGCUUACAACUUUGAAAUCAUUACACCAGAAGAUGAAUUUGAAACUGAAGAAGCUUCUGAACUCAAUACGGAUAAGGCCAAACACUCAAAUGAGGUAACAGAAAAAUCUGUCACUAAUGGAACUACGUCAAAUGGCCCCCCAACAAAAGAAAGCCUACCAAUACAAGAACAGCCCAAUGAACACACUUCUUAUAGAAAGAGACCGAGACAAUUGCUAACAGAGAAAAUUGCUAAAGAAAAGAAGUUAGAAAUUGAGAAAGAGUUGAAAGCUGAGAGGAGGAAAAAGCCUAAGAAUCUCCUUUUCACUACUGGCUAUUCAUCUGAAGAAAGCUUAGAUGCUGACAGUAAUAGUGACGAAGAUAAAACAUAG